AUGGCUGCGUGGAACCGCCACCAUCACUUUAACAUGCUCAUGGAUGAGAAUGCCAAAAACAAGUUAGGCGUUGUCGGCGGCGGCAUGAGAGGCCGCCGGCGGCGAGAGGCGGCAUGUUCCGCUGUACGGGAGGCUGGUUGCCGAGGAGCAGUUGGCGUCCAUGAGCGCGCCUUCCGACAUUCAGGCUAUGCAAGCACGGAUACCACAUCACUUUCGGGAUCCGUCGACAGCACCGUUAAGGAAACUCAGCGUGGAUCUUAUCAAGACAUAUAA